AUUAUAUAUAUAUAUAUACACAUUCAAAAUUUAAUAAGUUUAGAAGUGUAAUGUGUAUCAAUCAUUGAAACAAAUCAGUAUUAUUUCGUCUGUGACACGUAAGUACAUACUUGUUUCGCAGGUUUAAGAAUAACAAUAACUAUCAAAAGAAAUUUUACAUAAAAAUCUCAUUCUACUGAUUUUCGAUGAAUUUCUUUUUACAUCAACAAUUAUGAUUAUUUUUCUCAAAUCAAUAAAUCAUGGAUAUCGAUGUUAGUAAACUAAUAAAUUAGAAUAAAUGUAUUACAUUCGUCAUUUACUAAACUUGUUUGAUUAAAUCACUUUCUUAUUACUUGUUAAUAUUUUCUAUACAUACAUACGAUACAGACAAUACAUACGAUAAAAAAUUCUACACAAUAUCAGUGUACACUAUAUUACAAUUCGUCUAUGAUUGAAUAAAAUAAAAAUUUAGUUUAAGACUGUUGACUAAGAACGGAUUUGCUUAAUGCUUAUGUCAGUCAAUAUUACGGGAUUCUCAAUCGGUAUAGCAGUUUAUGUUCUAAAAAAUAUAUUCUACUUCUCUAUCUACAAUAAUAUACUUUUCAUCUAUGUCAUUUCUCAAAUGAUUAGUAAUGAUACAGUGAUCUUUACUUAGGUCUACUAAAUAAACUGAAAUUAAUCAUAGUUAGUGUAGUAAUACCUGUUAAAUGUUAAUAAUUGUCAUGCCAGGAAAUUUAUUCAAUCUCAAAUUUGCUGUAAAGGAAUUAGAGAGAAAUUCGAAGAAAUGCGAAAAAGAAGAAAAAGUAGAAAAGGCAAAAAUAAAGAAAGCUAUUCAAAAAGGUAAUAUGGAAGGUGCACGAAUUCACGCAGAAAAUGCAAUUCGUCAACGUAAUCAAGCACUUAAUUAUUUGCGAAUGAGUGCAAGAGUUGAUGCAGUGGCUAGUAGAGUACAAACUGCUUUAACUACGCGUAAAGUUACUCAGUCAAUGGCUGGAGUAGUUAAAGCUAUGGAUGCAGCAAUGAAGUCAAUGAACUUAGAAAAAAUUUCAGGUUUAAUGGAUAAGUUUGAAAGUCAAUUUGAAGAUUUAGAUGUACAAAGUUCAUAUAUGGAGAAUGCCAUGUCUCAGACUACAACAACCAAUAUUCCACAGAAUGAUGUUGAUUCUUUAUUACAACAAGUUGCAGAUGAAGCUGGUCUGGAGUUAAAUAUGGAAUUGCCAUCUGGACAAUUAGGUAGUAUAGGUACCUCUACCGUCAGUCAAGAACAAGAUGAACUUACACAGCGAUUAGCGAGACUUCAAGUAUAUGGUUCUUCUGUGAUCAAAUGUAAAUUCGAUGACAUUUCUAAAUUCCGAAAUACUUCGCUUAUGGGAGGGACAUCUGGUAAUUCUAAAGUUGUUAACCCGUUAAAUUCUGUUCUAUACCUACGAGAAAAAAUGGCAUCUUACCAAACAAGGGCUACAUUAAUUUUUUUAAUCAGCGCCGGCUUACAAGUUCUUUUAAACAUCUUUUCACUAAAAGUCGCAGCUAACCAACAUCGCGCCAAUUUGCCUUUUCUUCUAAGAGAAAGUAGUUCAAUUGAAUAA